CCUCCCCCCCUCUCUCUCUCUCAGUCUCAUUCUCUCUCUCUCUACCCCAAAGAUGGUGGCGAUUAUGCGAUGAGAGAGAAACACGGGAACGCCGCCGCUGCUCCCACCACCACCACCUCCGCCGUCGCUGCCGCUGCCACCAGCGUUAACGGAGAAAUACCACAACCAAUAUUGCAUGCACCUCUUCGAUAAUAAUGAAUGGAGAGAAACAGAUUAUUCUUUCUGAAACUGUGCUGUCUGAUCGUAACCACCACCGCCAUCCUCCUCCACCAUCAUGUACUGGUUGCCGUCGCGGAUGAUGCCACCGUCAUGGCGAAUCUCGCUAAAUCUCUCACCCCGACCCCGGCCGGGUGGACCGGAGGAGACGCCUGUAGUUGGCCCGGCGUGAACUGCAACGGCAUGGGGAAUGUCAGAUCGAUCAAUCUGUCUUCCAUGGCUGUCGCCGGCAGAUUGCCGCCGGAUCUUAACCGCCUCUCCAGCCUCAAAUUUCUGAUCCUCCAAAAGAACAGACUCUCCGGCCAGAUUCCUUCGUUUUCGAGUCACACUUCCCUGGAGCAUCUAAUGCUCGACGAUAACAAGUUCACCUCCGUUUCCCCCAAUUUCCUCGCCGGCCUGGCGAGCAUAAGGACGAUCAGCCUUAACGAGAUUCCGACUCUUUCGCCCUGGAAAUUCCCGGCCGAGAUCACGGAAUCUCCGUUCCUCGUUAGCUUUUCCUGCAGCAGAUGUAGUCUCUACGGCGAAAUUCCAGACAUUUUCGGAUCAAUUUCCGGUUUACAGAUUCUAAGGCUUUCAUAUAAUAACCUCACCGGAACCCUACCCCCCUCUCUGGAAAAAUCCGGAAUCCAGGAGCUAGCGCUCAACAAUCAGCUCCAAGGUCUUACCGGCGGGAUCGAAGUGAUCGGGAAAAUGGAACACUUGUCGCACGUCCGCCUCCAUGUUAACCGAUUUACCGGCCCGAUUCCAGAUCUCUCUAGGUGUCAUUUCCUGUCUGAGGUUACUCUCCGGGAUAAUCUUCUCACCGGAGUCAUCCCUGACUCAUUCACUUCACUCCAUAAGCUCAGCCUUGUCUCCUUGCAGAACAACAAGUUUCAGGGCCCCCCGCCUACUUUUCUCCAGGGCGUUCAGGUCACCCUUGGAACUACGAACAAUUUCUGUGUUCCAUCGACGGUCGCCGGAAAUUGUUCCCUGCUGGUGAAUAUUUUGCUGGAGGUGGCUAAGGAUUUGGGAUAUCCGAUGGUUCUGGCGGAUUCCUGGACGGGGAAUGAUCCGUGUAAAAACGAUUGGACUUUCAUUGCCUGUGAUGCAAACGGCGACGUUACGGUCAUCAACCUUUCCAACCAUAACUGGGCCGGGUCAAUAUCGCCGGCCAUCGGUAACCUCACCGGACUCAAGGAAUUGAUCUUACAUGAUAAUAAACUCACCGGGGAAAUUCCCGAUAGCCUAGCUGACCUGCCCGCCCUGCACCUUGUUGAUGUCGCCAACAACAAUAUUUCCGGGGAGAUCCCGUCGUUUUCCGACGAUGUUAUUGUGAAAGUCGACGGGAAUCCCUGGAUCGGAACAGAAUUGCCGCCACCGGGGGCUCCCCCCGAUUCGGGAAUGAAGAGAAAUACCGAACUCACCCCCACGGUGAUUGCCGCGAUCACCCUCGUCGCCGUCAUCAAUUUCAUCGCGCUUUUCUGGAUAAUUUACAGGCGGUGCAAAAAGAUGAGAAGCCGGAAAUAUAAGUGGUUGAAGGGGAAAGGGAGCGGCGGCAAGGAGAAAUCCGAGGGGCCGCCGGUAAACGUGAGCCCUUACGGCGCAAUUACCAGCGAAUCCGCGAGCGGCCAUGGCAGCAGCGAGAUUCCUCUCUACGAAAGCGGCCAUGUCCUCAUCCCAUUCGAAAUUCUCCGAGAAUCCACCAACCAUUUCAGCGACGGCAACAUCCUGGGAAGAGGCGGCUUCGGGAUCGUCUACAAAGGCACUCUCUACGACGGCACUCGAAUCGCCGUCAAGAGGAUGGAAGCCAGUCUCCUCACCUCAAAAGGAACCCUAGAAUUCAAAGCCGAAAUCGAAGUCCUCACCAAAGUUCGCCACCGCCACCUGGUGGCCCUCCACGGCUACUGCGUCAACGGCAACGAGCGGCUCUUGGUGUUCGAAUACAUGCCGCAAGGGACGCUGGGACAGCAUUUGUUCCGACGAGAUGGCUUCCCUCCGCUCACCUGGAAGCAAAGAGUCACCAUUGCCCUCGACGUCGCCCGGGGCAUCGAGUAUCUCCAUAGCUUGGCUCAACAAAGCUUCAUACACCGCGACCUCAAGCCUUCCAACAUUCUUCUUGAUGAUGGCAAGAGGGCUAAGGUUUCGGAUUUCGGCUUGGUUAAGAAUGCCCCCGAUGGUGGCACAUCCUUGGAGACCAAGUUAGCUGGAACUUUCGGCUAUCUUGCACCCGAGUAUGCUGCGACAGGGAGAGUGACUACAAAAGUGGACGUGUAUUCAUUCGGGGUGGUGUUAAUGGAGCUAAUGACGGGGAGAAAAGCGCUGGACGACAGCCUACCGGAGGAGAGCAUUCACCUGGUUCCAUGGUUCCGGCGACUCCUGGCCAACCGGGAGAAACUGCGGAGCAUCCUGGACCCGUGCCUGAACCCGGACGACGAAACCUUCGAGAGCAUCUGCCGAGUGGCGGACCUGGCCGGAUACUGCACGGCCCGCGAGCCCCAGCAGCGGCCGGACAUGAACCACGCCGUCAACUUCCUCUCCCCGCUGGUGGAGCAGUGGAUCCCGGUGAACACCGGCGAGGAAGACGACGGGUACGAGAACGACGACGACGACUUCCAGAUGAGCUUGCCCCAAGCCCUGCAGCGAUGGAAAGCCAACGAAGACAGCACGAUGGUUAGCGAGGAUUAUAGCUACAUGUACGGCGACGACAGCUGUACGAUGGAGAGAUUGCCGCCGAGGGUUUAAUUUCCACCUCACUUAGAAAGAAUUAAAAAAGAUUCCGGUGAGAUGAUGAUCGGAAACACUACUGUGUAAAUUUUUCUAAUGUAAAAGAAGAAGAUAAGCUAAGCCCAUCUAUCUCAACGUAUAGACUGUACGUUGAAAUUAUUAUUAUCGGAAAAUGCAUAUUAUGAUGAUGAUCAUAUCGAUCGAUCAAAUUCUGGGUCAAUUUGUAUGUAAAAAU